CAGACUCUCUCGGACCUCCUCGCACAGAAAGUCCGCUAUGGCACCAGGGGGAAGAGAGGGAGCAGGAAAAAAAGGAAAAGAUUUGACAACAUGGCGCAGUUUCCCUGAGCAAAGUUUCCCCUGAACGACCCGCGGCUGCGCUCGGUUCGCCGCCUUCUCCUCGCGGUUCGUCGUCUGCGCCGCGACGUGGACGUGUGCUCUCUGGCGACACUCGGAGCAAACAGUGGAUGACAAACAACGAGUCCCCGAGGAGGGUGGUGGGAUGAGAGCGGCGAGAAGAAGCACAAACCGCAGCAGGCAGACAGGAUGGAGAAGCCAGCGCCUCUCAAAGGAAAGUUUUCAAUCUUCAGCUCUCGGGCAGCGGGCAGACCGAUGCUGUGUCUUGUUGGGGACGACGUGGCCGCGUAUGGUCUCAGCAAAGCAGAGUUCAUGGAGAAAGUGCAGCAGAGCAAUGAGGCGUGUCAGCGCGGUGACUUUGAGGCGGCCGUUCAUUUGUACAGCGAGGCCCUGCGAGCCGACCCACAGAACUGCAUCCUGUACAGUAACCGUUCGGCAGCUCUUCUCAAAAUGGGACAACACCAAGUGGCUCUGGAGGAUGCUGAAAAGGCUUGUGAGCUUAAUCCCAAGUGGCCCAAGACUCAGUGUUGGUGUAUAGCCUGA